AAGAUGAGGCUCAUCAUGGCGGAUAGUGAUUAUUUUCAUAUUGGGAGCAAAGUUUCUUUGACAACUUGCCAUAAUCAGGAGCUGAGUGGAGAAGUCAUUGCUUUUGAUAUUAGCUCCAGGGUUUUGGCUUUGAAAAUACCAGCAGCUUGUGGAAAACAUAAUUUAUAUGAUGUGAGACUAAUAAAUCUUCAGUUAGUGAGUAAUAUACAAGUCACUCAGGAGGCACCUGAUACAGAACCUCCACAGUUAACAACUCUUAAUAUGCCAAGGAUCAACAGUCGAUUGAGACAGAAUUGUGAAUCAAAAAGAAAACAACUGGAUCAUGUUGGAGAUAAUGUCAGCCCUGAGGGACAAAACUUAUUUUACGCCAUUGUCAAAACUAUAAAUGACGUACGUUGGGACCAUCAAACUAUAGUGGUAAUGGACGAAGUCUCAAUUGAACCUCCCUACAGAUUAGAAGAUUGUAAGGGCAAAGGUCAAAUGUUGGAUCAUGUCAAGAAAAUCGUAAAGAAACAUCUAACAGAUGGAGAAACUAGAAAAUCGGCCUCACCUUCACCUGGUGUCUUAUCAUCCUCUCCCCCCUCAUCCACGUGAUCUGUACGUCUGCUCUAGUGGUUGUCAUGGUGUGAUUGAAUGAGGACUAUUUAGAAUGCUCUUCUCAUAAGUUUUAGUGAAUCUUUCUGCCCAAUAUCUCAGAAUUUUAUCAGAUUUAAUGCAUUUUCAAUGUCAAAUUGAAAUGUUGGGACUGGAGAUAAAGGAAAUUGGGAUCUGUCAUGUAUCAGUUUGCAGUAAUGUAAAGUUUUUAUAUGUGCUACUAUUUGGGACUUUUCAUGAAAUCCAAAAAUGAUUCAUUUGAACAUGUCCAACCAUUCAUCAAUUUUGAACAGUCCUGUUUUAUAUCUGGGCAAAAAAUGCUGAAGCUGAGAAAUUGGGCAUGGAAUUUUCAAGAUUGAAGGAGUCCAGGUCAAGUUACUCUUCAUACAUUGUAACAAAUAUAUAAGUCACAUUAAAAAUUUAAAUCUAACAAUUCUAAGAGGGGGGAGAUAUUACCAUCUUUCUUGUAUCAGUUUGUAAAUGCAGCGAUUCGGUUGGGAUUGUACACUAGCAAAUACAGGCAAUCAAUCAUAAGCCAUUAUGUAUACAAUCUUUCUGACCUGGGCUCUGCUUGGCGGUAUUAACUAGUGUACAAACCAACCAAAUCACAGCAUUUACAAACAUCUGUGAUACAAGAAAAGUGUCUAUUGCAGUGAGGGCUAUUGUUCACCAUUUUCAGGAGGUGGGGGGAAUCAGAUUAGUAAGUAGCAGUAAGCGAAUUUACUGUUAAUAGGAGCAAGACAGAGGCCAAAUUUCUUUUUAAUUGAUUUUUGGUAUUGAUCAGUCAUAUGACUGGAACACUAACAUCACUUCAGUUUUUGAAGAAUAAGGCCCCUUUUAUGUCCUAAAUCUUAUGAUAAAAAAUAAUUUGUCAUUCUGGGUGUUAAGGGACGGGAACAAUUUUCUAAUGGUUAAAGUAUGGGGGGUCAUGGAUUUAUUGUCACCAAAUGAAUUUAUUAUUUUUUACUUAAGUAUUUAUUGAAAAUGAAAGUUUGUCAAGUCAGUCGUGUGAAUGGUAAUAAAAAGAUUUUAAAAAUAA